CGUGUAGGACUGUGCUUGUCAAAAAAAGGUAAUUUUAUACGACGCGGGUAACACCACAGAUAUCAUUGUCAUUUUAAUCAUAAGUGUUAAUUUUGGUGCUCUGCGUUACAAUUUUUUCCAUCCUGUUUGGCAAGGCACUAAGAAGCAAAAGGGAAACAAAAUGAUCCGCUACUCAGCCACUCAGCUGUUCGGUGUUCUGCGUGGAUCACUUGGUUUGACCGCGAACCGUUUGGGAGUGACCGGAGUGGUCCGACAUUCGCACAGCAACGAAAGUGCCGAAGAAUUCGAUGCUCGCUACGAAGCUUACUUAAACCGGCCGGAUAUAGACCAUUGGGAAGCACGCAAAGCCAUGAACGAUCUCCUUGGUAUGGAUUUAAUACCGGAGCCAAAGAUUAUUAUUGCUGGGUUGAAGGCUUGUCGUCGACUGAAUGAUUACGCUCUGGCCAUUCGGUUUUUGGAAGGAUGCAAGGAGAAAUGCGGCAACAAAGUGAAUGAAAUAUAUCCGUAUUUGUUGCAAGAAAUCCGGCCGACUCUGACUGAGUUGGGCAUUGAAACACCGGAGGAACUGGGAUAUGACCAACCAGAGUUAGCUAUUAAAAAUGUCUAUGACAUCCACUAAAUAGCCAAUUAUAUUGAUUACCAAAUGAUGUCUGCAUCAUACACUAGUUGAAUCAGAAUUUGUGAAAACUACUUGUAAGAAAAAUGUAUGAUGGUGAUUAUGUAAUCAUUUGGACGCAAAUAGUCUAAAAAGAACAGUAAUAAAAUUAUAAAAAACGGAAGAACAAA